GCUUCCAGUUCCAUUUGAAGCAAAGGUGUGACCGUCCAACUCAUUCAUUCUUUUCUUUCUUCAUUCAAAGUUUCCAUCUUUCUUCUGUGAAAGGUGCCGCCUUUUCUUUCUUUUCGGUUUGCACACAACACAGUCUAACUAGUUCCCAGCAUUAGGGUGUCAAGCAUCAAUGGUCAUUGUAUCAAACAUGACUUCGCCGGAUGUGUGUCCGAUGGAGGAUGCAAUUCAGGCAUUCUUAGAACACUUGAUUGAUCCAUUGCUACCGGCAAAAUCAUCUGUCCGAGAUAAGCCCACGCCAUCGCAACAAGAGUCACUUGCAAAACAGGUGCGUGCUGUUGUCUUACUGUACAACUACUAUCAUAGAAAACAUCACCCAGAGCUUGUAUAUCUGCCAUUUAAUGAAUUUUGCAAGCUGGUGGUGGUUAUGAGACCCAGUUUAUUAGCAUAUAUGCAAUUUAUGCAAAAGAUAAAUGAAGCAGAAUUAACUGAUGUGGAGAAACAGCUAUCGUUACCAGAAAAAGAGAUUAUGAAUGCAUGUGAUAUAUGUAAACGCCUAGAUCCAUCAAAAAAUGCUCCUAAUAUAGAUGGAUGGCCCAUUUCGAAAGUGGCUGUCCUUUUACUUGACAGCGAGAAGGAGAAUUGCUUAUUGGUAUUCGGUUCCAUCACUCGUGGGAUAUGGUCUUUGGUUGAAAAAGAUUUGGACACCUCCAACCACAGUUCAGAAGUUACCUCAGCAACGAAAAGUACAUAUAAAAACAAAAGAGUUAUCAGAAAGCCAACUAAAGAUGAAUUGAAUCUUGUUGAAACUCAACUUUUGGAAGCUGGAUAUUUUGCUGUAAAGGAAGCUAUUGGAAUCAAUAAGACUGAUAUUACACUUUUGGAAAGACACACUGUCUAUUCACAUAGCAAAGAAAAAGCAGCUUCUCGUUUUUAUAUUAUGCAGUGCACCUUGCCGAUCGGGCAGGAGGUUGUUCAAGUCCCUCUCAAAGAUGUCAUCGAAAGCUUGCAGGGUCCCCUGAUCAAAAAGGAUUCUGGCUGUUGGUCAAUCACUACGGUUGUUGAUUACUUCCACAUGCUUCCUUAUUCUGAAAUAAUCUUAGAGUGGAAUUCUAGAAAAGCAUUCUCAAAUAGUUUACAAGAUUCAAGGAUAACAGAGAAAAAUAUAAAGGGGGACAGCUCUGUAGUGACAGAAUCCUCAGCAAGCGAGGACAUGUCUACUGGUCUUGAUAGUAAACCGGAAAGAUAUAAUAUUGCCCCGAAGCAGAAAAAGGAUAAUGAAAGCAUUACACUUAGACAAUCUAAUCAUAUCAAGGAGCCUUGUGAGAUGGAUUUGGAUGAAUCUUCCAUUUUUCCUUCUGAAAAUAAAGACAUAUGCAACGACAUUGUUAAUACUGUACAACUUGGUGAAGAUCAAGAAAAAAAGAAGCCAUCUGUGCACUAUAAAUCAAAUGCCCGUACAAGUGAGGUCAAGGCUAUGAAGGUUGAUUCAACAACGACGAAGGAUGAAAUCAACACUUAUGGUUCUUACAGCAGUAUUUUUGGCAAGGGGCACAAUACCUCGUAUGAAAAAGAAAAGAACACAGUAGAUGAGCAUACUCCUGUUCCAAAACAUUCCAAACUGGAUUUGAAGAAGCUCAUAGAUCUUCUAGAUUCAAAGGGGAAGAUAUUGUCACAAACUGCACUGACUGCUCUGAUCAGGAAGAGGAAUGAGCUGGCUCUUCGGCAUCGCCCAAUUGAAGAUGAAAUUGCUAUGUGUGAGCAUAAAAUUCAGAAAAUACUAACUGAGGGUGAAGAUGAUGUUGUUUUGAAGAUAGAAUCCAUUAUAGAAGGUUGCAAUGACUUGUGGGCAAGGAAUGAAGAAAGUGCUAAGCUUCAUAACCUAUCUCCAUGUAUUAAGAGGAAAAAGUUUACAGAGGAUGCUGCUGUCACCAAAGGUCCAUGCGAGGAACUGGAUGCUAUAUGCCGUGCUAACAAUUGGGUCGUACCAACUUAUCGUGUGUCAGCGAUAGAAGGUGGAUUCCAAGCUGUAUGCGUUAAAGGGGUUGAUUUUCAGUUUACAUGUAGCAGUGAAUUGUGUCUCAGUCCUCGUGAAGCAAGAGAUUGUGCUGCUGCAAGGAUGAUAGUUAAAAUUAAGAGUAUGGCAGAAUCCAUCAAGUAAUGGUGGAAGCUUUGGAAUGGCAUGCUUCCAAGUUCCUCUAUGUUUUUUGCAGUUCUAUAUAUGAUAUAGCAUAGGAAUGGAGACAUCCAUUUGAAUAACUGAUCUCAUACAUUUUGGUUAAUGUCUGAUCUUGAAUGCAUGGUGGCAUGCUAAAACUCACAUGAGAGGACUAGAUAGAAUAGAUAAAGAUUAAUCUUCUUACAACCACAGCUACUUUAUUUUGAUGAUGCAUUAAUACUAUUCCUGGCAAAAUUUAAAUUAGUUACCAUCUUAU